GUGCAUGUUUUGGGGACGUGGGACAAAGCUGGAGUACCAGAAUAAAAGUGGAGAUGACUGUUUGAUAAUCAUACAAAAAAAAAAUUCAACAAAAAUAUCACUGGAGACUUUGUAAGGAAACAAAAAAACAAGAUAAAGAAUCUGUACAAAGUCCGAUCUUUCACAAGUUCCAUCCCUCACACCUGGCAUUUUUCCGGCCACCGCCGGACCAGAAUAGUUUCAUCUCCCUCUGAGGUUCUGGUGCAAUGACUGGGCUUACAUUAAUCUUUCAGAAGCGCCUAAAGCCAACUGGCACUCAUCAUACAUAAUGUAAUAGCUCAUCAUGUUGCCCAUCUGCUAAAAAAUGUGUACUUCGUGCCGCACGUCGAGUACGUUCGCGAUCGGUGUGGGAAUGACUCCAAGUUCUGGUUAAAUGACUACCAAACGUCUAAUCUGAGCUCGCAGACACUUUCUCAGUAAUAGAGUUAAAGUGGAACUUCUCACGAUUUCAAAACUAAUUUCCCCAAAGAAAAUGCUUCAAAGGUUCAAACCCAGAACCCAUCAACUGUAAGGCAGACUUACGAACCCCUACUGCAUUGCAUAAAUCUCCACGAACCAAAUUAUCAAAUGUAAUUAGCGAUGUUCCUGUCCUCUUUUUUUCUUUUUUUUUUUUUUUUCGUGUGUCCAAGUCACGUGGUCAGCCGCAACUGUCCGUCCUUGACUGCGGAGCGAGUGUCUUGUUUGCAUAAUAAGUAAUGAUUAUAUUGGGAAUGAGCUCCCAGAAUGACUCAGUGGUUCCGCACAUGCCGCAGCCCGGACGACGCUCAUCCACAAGCAUCAGCACAACAUAAUGAAGGUGUGUGGUGCAGCUGUCUUCUUCUUGGCCUAUUUUGGCCGUGUUACUUCAGCCUGCCCGGCGCGUUGCAAAUGCUACCCGAAUAGAGCGGAGGUGGUCUGCAAUGAGGUUCCUUUGGUGGCGUUCCCCGCCGAAGGUCUUCCCAAGAACACCAGCACCCUCACCAUCCAGUUCACCAACAUCACGUCAAUCUCUGAGCAGGAUCUCAACGCAGUUCCCCAACUGAAGGAGCUCCACCUGUUCAGCAACCAUUUAAAGAACCUCUCCUCGCACCUCCUCAGGGGCGUGCCUCUCCUCACCACUUUGGACCUCACGGGCAACCAGCUGAGCCACUUGCCUGUGGAUGUCUUCAGCCACGCCACGCUUCAAAUCCUGGUGCUCAAGAACAACCUGAUUGAAAAACCCGAUGCCGCGUGGCUUCCCGAUAACUCGAACCUGACCUGGUUGGACGUCUCUGGGAAUCGUUUGACAAACGUCCCUGCGGAUUUUCUCCACAAGAUGCCACACCUGGAGAACCUCGACCUCUCCCACAACCAUCUGGAGAAGAUCUCGGCAAAGUCUCUGGAUCCGCUCACCAAACUCGAUCGCCUGAAUCUGCGCAACAACAAGCUGGACAGUCUGGAUGCUUCUUUACUCAGUAGCACCAGGAACCUCACUUACUUGUUCCUCUCUAAGAACAGACUCAACCACGUUCCCCAGAACAUUUUUCAGGAGCUCACUCAGCUCAAACAUCUCAGUCUGGACGACAACCAGCUUAACAGCAUCCCCUCAGGACUGCUCGACCAUCUGAAUGCUCUGGAGGACGAAGGGCUGGACCUGACCGCCAACCCGUGGGUGUGCAAUGGAAAAAUAGAGUACCUCUUGGGGUGGCUCAAGAACAACCAGAAAAAGGCCUUCCUCCCCGAGACCAUCACUUGUUCUGGUCCUCAGUCUCUGAAGAGUCGCUCGGUGAUGUCACUCACAGAUACUGACUUAAAGAUUUGA